AUGUCCCAGCGAGCAGAUGCCUCCCAGUGUGGUGGGGUUGUGGUCGAGUUUGAGUCUGACGACAUCAGGGAUGCGAGAGCUAAAAAAGCUAGGAGUAUACCAGGUUCAGCUCUUAUCUACCUCAAGGGUCCCAAGUUUCUCAUCUAUGUCAGUGGAGCAUUGUCAAUGUGGGGUGACCGCAUGUGGCACUUUGCUAUCUCUGUGUUCCUGAUUGAGCUGUACGGCCGUAAUCUGCUGUUGACUGCUGUGUUUGGAUUGGUAGUGGCUGGGUCAGUGCUCCUGCUUGGGGCUUUGAUUGGCGACUGGGUUGAUCGCAAUCCCAGGAAUAAAGUUGCACAUGCGUCUCUUUUCAUUCAGAACAUCUCAGUGACAAUAUGUAGCAUUGUGCUCAUGUUGGUCUUCUCAUAUAAGCAAAGGAUUGAACAGAUCUGGGAUGGCUGGCUUACUGUGGUUUGUUAUACGGUGGUGAUCGUCCUGGCAGAUGUGGCAAACCUCGCAAGCACAGCGCUGACCAUUGCCAUUCAGAGGGACUGGAUUGUGGUUAUCACAGGCUACAACCGAGGCCACCUAGCUGGAAUGAAUGCAACCAUGAGACGGAUAGAUCAGGUGACUAACAUCCUGGCCCCACUAGCAGUGGGACAGGUCAUGACUCUGGCCUCCAAUGUCGUUGGCUGUGGCUUCAUCCUGGGCUGGAACCUUGUGUCUCUCAUUGUGGAGUUCUUCUUCUUGUCACGAGUGUACCGCAUCGUCCCUGCUCUUUCAGUCAAACCGCCAGUGGUGGAGGUGGAUCAGGUGUAUCUGCAGAGGAUGGAAAGGAGAGGGUCUCAAGGUGAAGGUAAUGUUGCACAACCUCAACCUCUGACAGAAGGCAACUGCAACACAAGCCUGCACCUAAAAGAAAUCACAGACCUGCCCCUGUGUUUCCGGAGGUUUCGCUGGUUGGUGAGCACCUGUAAGGACGGUUGGAGGGCCUACUAUCGCCAGCCUGUUUUCCUGGCAGGAAUGGGUCUGGCUUUCCUCUACACCACAGUACUGGGCUUUGACUGCAUCACCACUGGCUAUGCCUAUACUCAGGGUAUAAGCGGCUCUCUCCUUAGUUUACUGAUGGGUGUGUCGGCUAUCACAGGCCUGAUGGGCACCGUGAUGUUCACCAGACUCAGGAAGACCUAUGGCCUGGUUAACACAGGCAUCAUCUCAAGCUGCCUCCACCUGGGCUGCUUGCUGCUUUGUGUGUGCUCCGUGUUUGCCCCCGGCAGCCCUAUGGAUCUUAGCUUGCUGAUGCCCUACAUUACCUCCAACUCAUCUUCUGAGCUUGGAGGGAUGGCUAGCCAAAGGCAAAAACACACUUAUCCUCUGAGGGGAGGCAGCAAUCAGCCACUGCUUCCCGACCGCUCCUCCAUUCACUGGACCAACAACACUGUGCUCUUUGACAACGUGCCGUCUGGCACAGCGCCAGAAUCCUACAUCUCCAUUAUCCUGCUGUUCUUGGGUGUCAUCACAGCACGCAUCGGUCUCUGGUCCUUCGACCUGACAGUGACCCAGCUCCUGCAGGAGAACAUCUGCGAGUCAGAGAGGGGUGUGGUAAACGGGGUGCAGAGCUCUAUGAAUUACCUGAUGGAUCUGCUUCACUUCAUCAUGGUCAUCUCAGCUCCACAGCCACAGCACUUUGGCAUCCUAGUUAUCAUUUCUGUAUUAUUCAUCACCACUGGGCACACUAUGUACUUCCUGUACGCACACAAAGCCAAGAGAAAACACCGCCUCGACACAUAA